AUGUAUUUAAGCUUUAUUAAGGAGCAUUUCAAGCCUAGUCAAGAAGAACUUGAUAUUUUAGAAGCUAAAGAAACAUAAGAUUUAUAUUCGGAUGUACAAAUUCAAGGGGGAUUUGUUCAAGUUUACUCUAGAUAGUGUAGUAUAUUUGAUUCUGAAGUAUACAAAAAUUAACUCAAUGUAUUCAAGAAAUAUCUGUUGAAUUAUGAGAAAUAAAAUCCUAAGUUAAAUGGAUGUUGUCUUGAAAAGGCAUUCUAUGUGGAACAGACCUAUUCACUAGACUGUUAGGUGGAAUCACCGGAAACUUGGUUAAAGGAACAAGUAACAGUGUGGCAAUUGCCAACUGAUAUAGUGAAUAAAUUGAAUUCUAAGUGUUUCUCCUUUGAAGACAUAGCCAAGAGACAUGGGAGUUAGAUAGUGGACAUUCGAAUACAAGAUCCAAAUACAGACACUUUUACUCCAACGGUUGAAUAAAAUUGUAUAGCUAAUUAAAUGAGGAUUGAUGAGUAUUGUAAGUAUUUGAAAAACAAAGCUGAGUUUUUUUAGAAACACACAGAAUAUUCACCGGAUAAAGUGUUAUUUGCUGUGAAUGUAGACAUGGAUAAUUGGGAUGAAGAAACAGGGUAGUUAUAUGAGUAUAUGCCCUAAUCAUUGUUGAAAUAUGAUGGAUUGGUGUACAUGAGACAAUUCUGUUUGGGAGUUAAUAUUCCAUAGAUCUACAUAAAGACCAAAGGAGUUUGGACAGGUGGACAUCAGGAAAAUUCAUCAGUAAACUCUUUAAAUUUCAAUCAUGGUCCUGGAGAUUGUCUUUGGUUAACUGUGGAUGCUCAAUAUGUAAAUAAAGUAUAUGAAGCGAUGCCCAAUCUAUAUUAAAUAGAAGGUUUAUGGUUCAAGGAGAUUGACUUUUUUUUAGAAAACAAUAUUCCCAUAAAAUACACGAUACAAAAAAAAGGAGAUCUUGUGAUUUUGGGAGCUGGAUGUCUACAUUGGGUGAAGAGUCUAGGCAAUACCAUAAAUACAUCUUGGAAUUUGCUAGUCUAUCAAGAGAAUACAUUUCAAUAAAUAUAUGAUAGACAAUUGAUUAAUGACAAAUACAAAAUCUCAAGUGUUAUACCGAUUAAGAACUUGUUUCUGGAUAUAUAUUUUCAUCGCAAAUCUCCUCAAUUGAAAAUGUACCUGCACAAUUUUAUAGAGGAUGACAUAAAGAAUUACAUAAAGCAAUCUGCAAAAAUCAAGAGUUGCAAAAAGAGAUUCAAUUCUAGAGAAGUGUUGUAAUGCAGUACUUGCAAAAUGGAAAUCUUCAUCUUCUACUAAAUAAAGGAUGAUUAAACAUUUAGAUGUAUCAAAUGUAUAGAAGGAGAUGAAGCAGAAAUCUUUAUGAAAUAUAAACCAACAGAACUUAUCUUGGUUUUGAAUGCAGAAAAGUUUACUUGCAGUCCUACUUUGUGCACUAGAUACAUGGGAACUACAGAAUGCUAACUUGAAAAACAAACAGAGGAGGAGUUUGUGAGCGAAAGCUAUGAAUCCAGUAUAGAGUAAAGCAAAAGUGCGGAAGAAUAAUCAAAAACUAAAUUUGCUAGAAAAAAGGAGAAAAGUAAGACUUCCAAAAAGUCAUCAUAGACAAAGUAAUAGGAUAGAAAUUCGAGUGCUUAAACGAAUCAUUAGAUUAAGCAAAAGAGAGCUUAUAGAAAGAAAGCUACUAAAGGAUAGGAUGAUCUGAUUUCUGAAAUUGUUAUUUCAUAAAAAUCUCAUAAAAAAAACGAAAAUAGUACUAAAUCCAAGUAGACCAAAAAGACAUAAAAGAAUUAAAAACUAGAGAGCAGUGUCAAAAGUGUAUCCAGUUCAGAUUUUGAUAGUCAUUCUUAAAUUCAAUUAACUAAAAAAGGAAAAAAAUAAAAUGAAUUAUGA